AUGCCGGAAAGGUCUAGUACACCCGGGCCAACAGAAAUACGUGAAGAGGAAAGCGCCCCCGAGACCGCCCUUCAGCCCAAACGCCGCAAGACGACCAAGAGACUGGAGCUGCCACCUCCACCGAAGAGCUAUCUCAGGCGCCCAGAGAAGUACUGCUACGACGAGGCCUUGGGACGGCCUCGGGUCUUCGGAAGAGCCUUCGCCAUCCCAUUCCUCUCUCACCAAAUCGAACAUUUCCUCAAGGAAAAAUGUCCUCAAUAUUACUGCAUCGGGCCGCAGGCAGGCCUCAUGUUCCAGAAAGCCUUCCAGCUGUUCGUCCCUCCCGAAGUCAGGCGAAUCGCGUUCCUCCUCGUUCCCUUUCCCGUCAAACUGCCCAACGGCAAAAUCAAGCUCGAUAUUGUUAACGUUUUGGGCGUUGUUAUUGGGUCGAACUUGACCGACGAGGAUAUGGAGCAGGCGGACAACCAGGAGUUGAUCAAGAAGACCCAGGAAGGGCUGGGUGUGACGACGCCCCCUGCCUGGUAUUUCUUCAAGAACGGUUGA